AUGUUUGCUUUGGCAGUAUUAGUAUUGAAUAUGCUCGUGCUCGCACUCACCCCAUGUGAAUUAUGCUUACAAGUUUUUGGAUUGAAUCUGCUCGUAUUCGUACUCGCACUCGUCCCUUGCGAAGUGUACUAUUUGAUCGUGCAGGAAUUACUCAACGUAAUUCAAUGCCGAGGACCCACUACAGGACACUCACUGGAAACUUUUCAUCGUGCUGUCGUCGCCGAGUCUUGGAGCCCAGAGGUCGUGGAAACGCGACCAGACAGCGGAAGCAUUGAGACGCCAGCCUCUGCCGGUGCCGUCCCCUGGAUGGCUUUGAUGGCAGGGGCUCUGGUGCUGCUCUUGGCUGUUUACUGGAAGCCCAAAAUCAUUGGAUGCGAUGACCUUGAUCACGACGAAGACGACCAGGAAGUGCCCACUUCGGAUUCAAUUCUGGACACCGAGGAUCUGGAAUGUUCUGAGGAGGAGGAGGAGGUGGAAGAACCUGACAGCUCUAAUGAUGAUGAUGAUAUGGAAGAACUUGACAACUCUGAUGCUGAUUCUGAUGAAGACGUUGAGGAGGAGGAGGAAGAAGAAUGGGACAGUUCUGAUGCUGAUUCUGAUGAGGAUGCAGAGGAGGAGGAGGAGGAGGAGGAUGUGGAGGAAGAAUUCGACAGCUCUGAUUUUGACGAGGACGUAGAGGAGGAGGAGGAGGUGGAGGAAAAACUCGACAGCUAUGACGACAAUGAAAAGGAAGAGAAAGAGGAGGAGAAGGAGGAGGAAGAAGAAAUUUCGGAAACAGAGGAGCUCGAAACCACCGAGGUAAAGGAGGAGGAGGAGGAGGAGGCUGAACUGGAACGCCUGUUGCACGAGGCAAAGAAAGAUAUCGUGAGGCUUCAGAAAGAAAUUUUGGACAAGGAUCUUCUGAUACAAAAGAAAGCAGCUGAGGAAACCGAAAUCAAAAAAGAAAACGAGGUUCUGAAAAUGGAAAAGGAACAACUGCAGUCUCAAAAUCAAAAGCUGGAGGCAGAAUACGAACUGGCUUUAGGCUGCGCUAACGUCAUGGGAAACUUACACAAAGAACUGAUGGAUGAAACAACGUUUCUGGAGAAUCGAUUGGAGGAGAAAGAUCACAUGUUGAGGAAGAGAGACGUUGAAGACAGAGAAUUACGAAGUUAUUUCCAGCAAACGAUGGCUGAGAAAGACAAGGAACUGGAGAGCGCUCUGGAGAGGGCAAUUAAAAUAAGCCUUGAACUGAAGGAAAUGGAAACAAUCAAUGAAGCACUUGCUUCAGAGAAGGAAUGUCUAAAGAGGGCUAAUGAAGACUAUAGGAAUGCCUUGGUCGAGAAGGAGAGAGAAGUAAACCACCUGCAGGACUUACUGGUACACAAAGCUGCAGAAGCUGAGAAGGACCAAAGGCAAAUCGGAAUACUAGAAAGCCAGAUUUUGGACAUGAAAGAGGACCACAUCGCUCUCCAAAGACAACUAGAGCUCACAAAAUCAGAAAAUUCCAGACUUGAGGAGCUGACUAAUUGUUACAAAGGUCAACUUGCAGCUUGCCAUGGAAAUGUAGCCAAGCUUGAAGACAAAAAUUGUGAGCUCGAGAAGAACCUCGUAAAUGAAACCCAGGCAAAUAUCAGCCUUCAGAAUGAGGUCCUGAUACUAAAUGACCGAGUUCAGUCGCUGCAGUCAGCGUUGCGCCACAAAGAAUCUCGACUGGUCUCGGCAGCAGAAGCUCUAAACAAUGAAAGAGCCAAAAAUGAGAUCGCUGACGCAGAACUUGAAGUCAUGAAAAACUGGGUAUCAGAAUUAGGAGGUGAGAAUGCCAAGAUUAAGGAAGACUUAGGACAUGCAAUCUUGGUAAUUACCUCACUGAAGAAAGAAUUGGGAGAAGAAUUGAAGAGGACCCAAAUUUUGAUGCAAGAAGUCCAGGCAAUGAAGAACUGGGUAUCGGAACUGGGAGGACAAAAUGCCGAGAUUAAGGGAGAUUUAGAAGAUAAGUGCCUGGAGAUUACUUUCCUCACGGAAGAGUUAAGAGAUGAACAUAAGCAGACCCAAAUUCUGAGGGAUGAAGUCCAGGCAAUGAGGAACUGGGUCUCUGAAUUAGGAGGUGAAAACGCCACCAUUAAAGAAGUCUUAGAAGAAGCGCUCCUGGAAGUGACCACACUCAAGAAGUCUUUGGUAAACGAGAAAAGGAAUGCUCUCCAUCACAGGAACGAAAUGGAGACCCUAUUGCAAGAAGAAAGGAAAAGAGGCAACGGAAUGGAGACUUCACUACAGAACUUGGAGUCUUCUUUAAAGCUUGCAGAGAGAGAGAUCUGCUCUUUAAAGAAGGCAGAAAACACAAACCUCCAAGAACUGGAACACCUUAGGGAAGAAUGUGAAAGACUGAGAGAAAAGUGCAGGAUUCAAGACGAAAAUAUAAUUAAAGAACGAAAACGUGUCAAGGAGCACCUAAGGAUGCAGGAGGAAGAAUUGAAAAAUCAGGAUAAGUACAUGUUAAUGGCACUCCUCCAUGGGACUGCCCAGAGAAACUUCUAUUUGGAACAUAUAGCACUGGACCAUAGAAACAAAGACCUAGACAAUGAAACCUUGAAAAACAGUCAAGAAGAAAACAAGCGCCUGGACCAAGAAGAGGACCUACAGCAACAACUGCAGAAAGUAGAAGAGGAUCAGUACAGAGAGUACUGCAACGCCAAAAGAGAGAAGAAAGACUAUGGAAAGCAGUGGGAGGUCCUUACACAGAUGGCGGAGGAUUUAAUUGAGGGAGAUGACCGAAAGAAUUGCUAA